CAGAUUCAGCUCUAUUACUCAAGAUGUUACUGCUACAGGUUCUUUUAGUGACUUCAAUUUGCUCUUAUGGAUCUAUAGGACUAAUUCUCACCCAAAGUCCAUUGUCUACCACCAAAAGUGAAGGCCGUACUGCACGUAUGAAGUGUGUUUUUACUGACUUUACGGGAGCUUUCGAUUCAGCUGCAAUUCACUGGUAUCAACAGAGCCCUGGUGAAGCUCCAAAGAGAGUUUUGUACUUCACAUCAGGAGAAGCUGCUGUUGAUGACCAGUCUCAGAAAAGCAGGUUUACAGUUGUGAAAGAUUCUUUAAAGCUCAGCUGUACUUUCCAAAUAAAUCGUGCAAAGAAAACUGAUACCGGUGUCUACUACUGUGCUUACUGGGAUAGUCACAGUAACCAGGAGCACCAUAAUUUAGCUAUCAUGUUUCCACUGCAGGUUAUUUUUCUUGCUUCGCUAAUUUGCUCUUAUGGAGAUGCUCUGGUGCUGAAACAAUCAGAACCCUCCAAAACCAGGGAAGAAACUAAAUCUGCAUCUAUUAAAUGCCAUGUUACUGGGACUACCACUGUUAUACACUGGUAUCGACACAAGCCUGGGGAAGGUCCAGAGCGGAUUCUGUACUUGUCAGCCGGAAAAGCUGUCUAUGACAAGGAGUCUGAGAAAAAGUUUUCAGCAAGACAGGAGUCUACUAAGGGCAUGUAUUCUCUGACAAUACAUGACAUAAGUACAGAUGAUGCAGCUAUGUAUUAUUGUGCCUCUUGGGAUGCUACUACAACAUGGAUCAAAUACUUUGGCACAGGAACCAAACUCGUGGUUUCUAAUAAAGCAGCAACAGUUAAAGCACAAGACGAGAUGCUGUAUCACACGGAGAACUCAAAGGAAACAUAUGUUUGCCUCGUUCAUAAUUUUUUCCCGAAUGUUAUUCGGAUGUAUUGGGAAGAUAAAGAGGGAAAGAAAAUAUCAGAUAAUGUAGUACAGGGAGAAGUUUGGCCACCUCAGGAGGAUGCAGACUCAUACUCAGUCAGCAGCUGGCUGACUGUAAAUAAGGAAAUCAACAAGGAAUAUAUUUGCUCGUAUGAGCGCGAAGGAUCUGCCAAAAAAACCUUUCGUGCUGAACGCCCAACAGCAACUGUGACUCAAACAGACAACUGUAUUGCCGGGCAAGCAAAUGGCACAGUAUUUUUCAAAGAGAAUUUCACGCACAGGACUGCAUCUUUAAUAUACAUAGUUCUUCUCCUGAAAAGCAGCAUGUACUAUGUCGUCGUACUCUUCUUCAUAUACAGAAUGAAAAGCCCAACCAAGGGUCCCCCCAGAAAGAAACAUUAAACUAUUCCUUCCAGCUUACAAAGUCAGCAUUUGUAUCUUAAUUUUGCUUAAUAAAGCUGCUCACAUAACUAUAAUAUACAUUGCUUUAAAUGUGGAAAAAAAGUGGAAAAAUAUCAGCUUGAGACCUUUCAACACUUAGGCAUGCAACUGAUGUCAUGAAUAUUGAAAGCUCUGCUAUAUUCAGUAAGCUCAAUGAGACUACCUGCGUGUGUGAAUGCAUUUGGUGGCAGUGCUAAGACUUAAAACUAAUUUACUGUUUUAUUUUUAGUUUCAUGGGAAUUUUUUUUCCUUCAAUUUCAUUUAUUUCCUUCAUAAAAGAAAUGUGUAAUUAUUGUAUCAGAACUGUGAAAAGUUGAGAUAUUUAAAUAAA